AUGGCGAGCCUAGACUCCGCCUUUGCGACAAGCUUCGCAAAAGAGACAUGGGCCCUAUACAGCGUGGGAGUAUUGGGGGCCAUCCUACGAUUCGUAGCACGAAUACGUCGAUUAGGUUACCAGAACCUUCAAGCAGAUGAUUACUUGAUGCUAUUCGCGGUCGUCUGGUAUACCCUAUUAUGUGUCGCUCUCAAUGAAGUCGCCUCUGGAGGCGGAUCAAAUCUGAUGGACGAGAAUGAUAUAAAGAACUUAACACCUGCCAUCAAGGCGGAUCGUGUCAGGGGAAGCAAAUGGGUCUUUGUAUCGGAGCAUUCCUUCCUCCUCGCCAUCUAUGCCAUGAAGGCAUGCAUGUUGGUUAUAUAUGCCCGCAUCACGGAAGGACUACGCCAACGAAAAUGGGUGACUUAUCUCGCUGUCUAUGUCGCCAUUGGCUUCGUUGGCAAUGAAUUGUCUUUGUUCCUAAUUUGCCGGCCUUUAUCGAAUUACUGGGCCGUGCCUACUCCCUAUGACCAAUGCUCGACAUAUCAGUACUAUGAAAUUGUUCAAGGAUGUCUAUCAAUAUCUGCGGACGUCUUCAUGCUUAUCAUUGGCCUCCCACUUAUGGUUCAAGUUCGAGUGCCUCUUAAGCAGAAGUUGAUUCUCUUGAUCCUAUUCGGCAUGGGAAUCUUCGUCAUUGUCGCAGCCCUCCUGAACAAACUCUAUUGUCUCGUUCCUUCUCUCAUCUCCUAUGUUUACAUGAACUGGUAUUUCCGGGAAGCGACAGUAGCUAUCCUGGUCACCAACCUACCCCUUGUUUGGUCCCUCCUUCGCGAUGUGUUCCCCGCGCUCAAGAGUUGGACCGGAGGGUCACGACGAGGAACCACCGAACGGUAUCGGACUGGUCCCUGGACAAGUAAGGGAUCUGCAUUUCGUCACUACGGUCCCCACAGUCAGUUGCAGUCUGGCGAAUACAGCAUGCACAACUACAACCAAAGCACCGUUGUUGCGCCCCAGAAGACUAUUUCGGAAGUCAGCCUGGAGCCGAGCGAAGAUCGCGAGCCCAGUGAGGACGGCUCCGAACGGGCCCUCAGAAUCCGACAGGAUGUGACGGUGACGGUGGAGCGCGAGACACGACCACCUGAGUAUUGGGAGUCCAAGAAGGCCCAAACUUCAGAGGGCCGACUCCCAGAACCAUGA